UUCAUGCAUAUCGACGCUUGCAGGGUUACAACCAAAGGUGGGGCUAUUGAUAGUUACAUGGCUUAAUAUGAUGCCUAUAUAUUAAUAACGACAGAAUCAUUUGAGAUUUGACCUGGUGCCGUGAACUUAAGGGUCACUCCUGAACGGCAUGCGAUGUUUCAGACGUCACUAUCAGUAACAGCACGCGGAAAUAAUCUGUAGCAAACACCCCUGUCGACAACGGUGACACAACACAACUGCGCCGACAACACGUUUACGGCUUGUCAACAGGAAUCAGCUGUUACUUAGUUGUAGUUGUUGAACAUUAAAGCAGGUAAGAUGAGGGCAGUCUUAUUCUGUUGGUUCGUGAGUAUCUUAAUCCUGCUUCACUUUACGGCCUGGGGUGAUGGACAGAAGGAAGAUGGAGGUAGGACAGCGCCCCCGGGACAUAAUCUACCGCUUGGAUCUCACACAACUCCCCUCGAAGUCCCUGUUGUCGACAAGUUCCCCACGCCAAAGGUGUUCUUUGAGGAGUACUUGCGUAAAAGUAGGCCUUUGGUCAUUAGGGCGAUUAUGAAUUUGACAACUUUUCCGGCAGUUGUGAAAUGGACGGACGACUUUUUCAGGAAGGAGCUGGGGUCGGAAUACAUCGACGCCGAGCCGGCCCGGAAGGAGAACCGCGAUUUGAAGCCCGAGGAGAUGACGAUGAAGACCUUCCUGCAGAAGUACACCGAGAGCGAGCUCUACCUUGUCGGCGGAAUCCUAGACUUCCAGGCCAAGGACAAGCUCAUGGAUGACCUGUACGUGCCCCGAUCGCUGCACUGUGGGGGACUCCAGUUCUCCAUCGAGUCUCUGGUCAUGUGGUUCAGCAGCGGCGGCACCAAAUCCGUCCUUCACAACGACGACUACGAAAACUUCAACUGCGUUCUGGACGGGACUAAGGAGCUGAUAUUCAUAGACUGGAAACAUAGUGAGCAGGUGACAGCGGACGGUUACCAUGAGGACGGUAGCUAUAGUGAUGUUGAUGUGGACAAGGUGGACAUGCACAAGUUCCCGCGUCUCCAGGAAGUCCCCGUAUACAAGGCCGUAUUGCAUAAGGGGGAUUGCCUCUACAUACCCUACCAGUGGUACCAUCAAGUCAAUUCCCCCGGAGGACGGAGCCUCGCCAUCAACUUCUGGUUCCUUUCCACCCGCUGGUUCAACAACUCAGACUGUCAGAAGAAGAACUUAGAGCAUCAAACACUCCCAAGUUCCAUGUUUGACAUCGGACAGGGUCAGAUGCAGGCCUGGUAA